AUGAAGAUAAUUGAGGAACUGAAGAUGGGGCUUCUUUUUGCAUUCUUCAUCCUAUUUCUGAAGACUUCAUAUGUUUGUUCUUGGCUUGCUGGAAAAUGUCGUAUCGAAAGUGAUGGUGAAGAAUUUUCUUUUAGUACAUCCUCUCCUCGAAAACUGAACACUACUGUAUGCUCUAGUGUCACUGACAUGAAAGAAGACCUUCGAGGACUUCCUGCAAACCUACUAAAUCUCAUUGUUCAGACGGAUCUAGGUGUCCUGGCUCCAAACUCAUUCUCACGUUUUGGUUCUUUGGAAAAUCUUGAAAUUGUUGGAUGUUUAUCAGAGGUCCCUCCAGAAGCUUUUAAUGGACUGACGAAUGUGACUACACUGACACUAUUAUGUUCAAAAAAAUGCAAUGCGGUAGCUUUUGAUUUCAGUCGCCUGACCUCACUUACCAGUCUGUCUCUUUCAGACUAUAGUUUGUCGUUACUGCCAUCAAAUGUUUUUGAAAAGAUUCCACAGUUGCAAUGGCUAGAUUUAUGCAGUGUGUGUUUGAAGGAUGUAUCUGAGGUUUUGUGUCGGCUAGAAAAUGUUAAAUCAUUGAAGUACCUUAGUUUAGGUAACACAGUGUUAACAAGACUUCAAUACCCAAACUGCUCAGUUUUCAACAUCUCUGAAAUAUCGACUGAGUUUAAUAUUGAAAGAGCUGAUUUGCUUUUGGGAAACUUAGAGCAUGUAGAUGAGGGGGCUUUAAAAGUUUUUGGAAAGCUCUCUAGCUUGCAUUUUACUGUUUCAAGCAAAAAUUUUCUGAGAGAUCUUUCUUUAAUUGGAGUACAUCAAAUUAGAGAAUUAUCUGCCAUAGUGGAUGUACUCAAUGUUGACGAUUUGUGUGUAGCAGCAAAGUUAUAUUCAGUAAAGUCUGUAGAUGUUUAUUAUGAUACAAUUAACUUGUCACUGACUUCUAAAAUCUCAGAUGGCUGUAAACAAAUUGGUUACAUUAUGCUAGAAAAUAACAUAUUUGGAAAAACUGUCAACCUUAUAGAUGUAAAUUCUGUCUUCCAGAUUUUCAGCAACCUCACUUCUGUUACCAUAGAUAAGCAUGUGCUCAGAUCAGAUGAUUUUCAAUCUCUUUGUGCUUCAUUUCCACAGACUGUCAAACAUAUUUCUGAUAUGGUGCUACGGUCAGUUAAGAUUAAUGAGAUAGUUUCUCACCAAUUCAUGUGUCUUGUAAAUCUUAAAACUUUGAGGUUAGUAUUGAGCAAAAUUUCUGUCAUCAAAGAUUUCGCUUUCAUUGGACUGAACAAGCUGAAAAAGUUAAACCUCCAUAGCAACAAAAUAUCUUCUAUUCAUCAACACACAUUCAGUGGCUUACAUGAACUGAUGGUUCUGGAUCUUCAUGAAAAUCCAUUAUUUCACAUUGAGCCGGAAUCAUUUGGACAUCUUAUUAAUCUUAGGACACUACUGUUGGGAGAUCUGGUCUUCCCUUAUAACAUGUCACUGAUCAAGCUGCACUUAUCUGAUGUAUUUGGAAGAAUUCCAUGCAAUUUGAGUAAUGUGUUCAUUAGUUCAGGAUUGAGACCAAUGCAUCUUGUGAUCGGGAGUAAUACCACACUGACUAAUGGGCUAAACUUGCACAUCAAAGGUCAAUAUGUGAUUGUUGAAGACUGCAAUAGUUUACUUUUAACAUCUGUAAUCACACUUCAGAUAAAUGCAGCAUAUAUGAUCUGUGAAAAUGCAUUCAUUGGGAAAUAUAUCCCAUCAGUCGUCAGUCUGGAAUUUCAGUCAAUGUUCUCUGACAAUAUUGGAGACUUGUCUGUAAUUAAUCAGCUUGUUCAUUUAAAAACCCUAAACCUGCGAAACAUUGAUUUAACAAAUCAGCCGAACACAGCCAUAAUGUUUCACAAUCUGACAAAACUGGAGACUCUGAUUCUGGCAAACUGCAGAUUAUUAUUUCUGGAUGGAAGUCUGACCAAAGACUUAAAGGCACUAACAAAACUAGUGCUAUUCCCCAAAGAUACUGUCAAUAUUGUACAAACAUUUGCUGUUCAUCUCACUCAAUUGGAGUUUGUCCGUUUUUAUAGCUUGGGUUUGUACUGCAGUUGUGAUAAUGCAUGGCUGGUAUCGUGGAUAAGGGACAACAGGAAGGUGGAGGUAGUCAUGUCAAACCCCAGCAUGCAAGAUUUGCAGUGUUUGAUUGACAAAGAAGUUGACCAACUCAACUUUGUCAGCUACGCCAAGGAGAACUGCUCAUUUGAACUUGAAUUUGUGUUCUUCGCCUGUUCUUCUGUGUUUUUGUGCAUCUUUAUUGUUGUGGUAUUGAUGUAUAAAUUUGUAGGCCAGUACUUCAAGCCGUUCUAUCACAUUGCCAGUGGAUGGUUUCGAGAGGCUUUGCGAAUGAAGGAGAAACCGCAGUACCGCUAUGAUGCUUUCGUGUCUUACAGCGGUAAGGAUGAGCACUGGGUCAUAGAGGAACUUCUUCCAAAUUUGGAGCAGCGCGGGCCUCCAUUCCUGAGUCUCUGCCUGCACAGUCGGGACUUUCAGUUGGGACACGACAUUGUGGAAAACAUCACAGACAGCAUUUACGCAAGUCGCCGUACUCUUUGUCUCGUCAGUCGCAACUACCUCAAUAGCAACUGGUGCUCACUGGAGAUGCAGCUGGCCACCUACCGGCUCCAGGUAGAACACAGAGACAUUCUUAUCCUGGUCUUCCUAGAAACCAUUCAAUCUCGCUCGCUUUCCUCCCAUCACAGACUGGCCCGGCUGGUAAAAACUAGGACCUAUCUGGACUGGCCCCAGGACCCGGAGAUGCAUGAAGCAUUCUGGCACAGGUUGUGGUGUAAACUGAGCUCUAAUAAAGCCAACUAG